AUGCAUCGCUUCCAUCUCGUGGCGCUUCUCGCCCUCAUAUGGCACACGGUCACCGUCCACAGCGCAGCCCUCGCCCACGUCUCGCGCGAGCAAUGCCAAGUCUCAGGCAAGCAUUGUCCCAAAGGCACGAUCGUGGUCUCGGCUACCGAGAAACACGCCGACUUCACCACCGUCCAAGCAGCCAUCGAGUCCCUGCCCCAAGACGACUCUGCCCACACGAUCCUCAUCCUCGCAGGUACCUAUAAAGAGCAAGUAAACAUCACCCGUGCCGGACCUGUCACGCUGCUCGGCCAGACCUCCUGCCCUGAAGAUGCGACCAAGAACAAGGUCACUCUGACCUGGGCGGCUGCCAACCACGACAACACCGGUAAAAGCGUCGACAACGUCUUUUCAAGUGUAUUGGUCGUUGCGCCCACGCUCGAUUCCAGCCUGACUGGCGCGGGGCCCUCGGGCUUCCCUGUGCCGGAGGACACGCCGUUUGGAAACAAGGAUUUCCGCGCGUAUAAUAUCGAUUUCACCAAUAACUGGGCCGAAUAUUCAGACGGACCGGCUCAUGCGCUGAGCUUCAGUCGUGCUAACGGUGGUUUCUACUACUGUGGAUUCUACUCAUAUCAAGAUACGGUACGUCCUCCCAACGCCGAGCGUUGCCAUCUUAUCACGACUCCCUUGGUCCCCUUGGCCCCCCCUUCCUUCCUUCCUUCCUUCCUUCCAUUCAUCGCUGACCUCACCUUCCCUUGUUCUCCCCCGCAGGUCUACGUCGGCAAACUCGGCAACGCCUACUUCUACAAAUCGAUUCUGGCCGGCCAAACCGACUUCCUCUACGGAUUCGGCACCGCCUGGAUCCAAUCCUCGUCCGUCCUCCUCCGCGGCUGCGGCGGCGGCAUCACCGCCUGGAAAGGCACAAACACCACCUUCCCCAACAAAUACGGCGUCUACAUCGUCGACAGCGACGUCCGCGCCGCCAACGCCUCCAUCGCGCCCAGCAUCGUCGGCGCCUGCGCCCUGGGUCGGCCCUGGAACGAACUCCACCGGUCGAUCUUCGCCCGUUCCUACGAGGACGGCAGCAUCCAGUCGAACGGGUACAUCGACUGGAUCAUCUCCGGGGUGGGCCGUUACGAGAAGGGCGUGACGUUGAUGGCGGAGUAUAAUGAUGAUGGACCGGGAUUCAAUCGGACGGGGAGGAUCGAGUCCAGUGUGUCGACUGUUUUGGAUAGGAAGGGGUAUGAGCCGUUCGAUGAGCCUAGGAAGGUGUUUCAGGAUCCGAAGGGGAGGUUUGGCGAUGUCUCUUGGAUUGAUUGGGAGACGGCUCGCAAGUGA